CUGCAUAUUCAUAAGAUAGGCGGGAUUGGGCGCGGGCGUUUAUAAGGCGCCGCCCCGCCAGGCUCGCCGUACAUUUCGCUGAAGCUUUGAAGUGUUCUGUGGACCUCGCGCCGCCCGGGCAUCGAUCAGAAUGGCAUCAGAUGAGGGAAAGCUCUUUGUCGGCGGGCUCAGUUUCGACACCAAUGAGCAGUCAUUGGAGCAAGUCUUCUCUAAAUACGGACAGAUUUCUGAAGUCGUGGUGGUGAAAGACAGAGAGACUCAGAGAUCCAGAGGUUUUGGCUUUGUUACUUUUGAAAAUAUCGAUGAUGCAAAAGAUGCAAUGAUGGCUAUGAAUGGAAAGUCUGUAGAUGGGCGUCAGAUCCGAGUCGACCAGGCUGGGAAAUCCUCCGAGAACAGAUCCCGUGGCUACAGAGGGGGGUCCACGGGGGGCCGGGGCUUCUUCCGCGGGGGCCGAGGCCGGGGCCGUGGCUUCUCCAGAGGAGGUGGAGACAGAGGCUAUGGCGGCAGCAGAUUCGAUUCCAGAAGUGGAGGCUAUAACGGCUCCAGAGACUACUAUAAUAGCAGGAGUCAAGGUGGCUAUGGAGAGAGGAACUCGGGAGGCUCCUACAGAGACAGCUACGACAGUUACGCUACACACAACGAGUAAAAAUCCUUCCUGACUCAAGAUCGUCCUUCCAAUGGCUGUAUUUAUAAAGAUUUUUGGAGCUUCGCUGAAAUGGUUAUUGUGUAGUACAUCUACUUGUAUUUUCACUUUUGUAGUAUUAUCAGUUCUGAUCUUGUCAUGCACAGCCUGGCAGCUUCUGAAACUAGACUGUCUGAUUAGACGGUCUCGGAGAAAGCUCUGCUUUCAAGUGGUUUUAAUCUUUUUUGAAAGCACUUCAGAUUUUAUUUUACUCUCCAUGAAUGAGCCAAGGUGUUCGUUUUUGGUUGGUUUUUUUUUUUAUGUUGGGGCCCCAAUUCAGUUUCUUUUGAGCUAGCAAGGACCUUGUACCAAUGUUCACUGGAAGCUGAACAAGCUGUGGACUUUUUUUUCUUCUUUUUUUUUUUUUUUUCCAAGUGCAUUACCUUCGUCUUUUGUAACAUUCCUUUAGUGUAGCAAGGUAGGAAUGCAGCUUGGGUUCCGUUGGAAGGCAAACCACCUUGAUAUAUCUAAAGAGAAACGUGCUUGUAUGUUCAACCCGCAUAACGGUAUUUUUACUGUUGUAAUGAUGUAAAUGACCCAGAACUAGACUUGCAAACUUACCAUAAAGAGGUUCUUGAAAAUGUUUAUUUAUAUUGUCCUUUUUUACUGGAAGAAAUAUGCAUAUUCCAUUGCUGUUGUAUUUGAAGUGGUAAAGGAUUCCUGUAUACAGUUUUCUUUGGCUUUACGAAGCCUAUUAAAGGACCGUCUGAAAUGAA